GGACUGUAGUAAGGGUAACACAAACUAAAAUGCUUGAGUAUCAAAGGAAAUAUGUCUGCGUAAAAUGCAAACAUGAAAAUUAUGUGGAGGCACAAUUUGAAAACAGGUACAUUCUGAAAGCACCUUCAAAGUGUGGGAAUCCUGACAGAUGUAAAAGCUACACUUUCACACAAGUUAAUCUUGUUUCAAGAGAGCAUUGCAAGGAUUACCAGGAAAUUAAAAUACAGGAGCAAGUAAAUAAACUGAGUAUUGGCACAAUCCCUGGAUCCAUGUGGGUGGUGCUGGAGGAUGACCUUGUGGAUAGCUGCAAGCCUGGAGAUGAUGUGAAUAUUUGUGGUACUGUCCGUCGUCGCUGGCGACCAUCAGUUCAAACUAAAAAGUCUGAAGUGGAUCUGGUAUUCCAAGCUAACAAUUUAGAAGUCUGCAACUCGCAAAGGUGCAAAGUAAUAUCUACAGCUCCAGAUAUAAAGGAGUGCUUCAAUGAAUACUGGUCCAAAUUUGAGGCCUGUCCUUUGAAGGGAAGAGAUCAGAUUCUUACAGCUGUGUGCCCGCAGGUAUAUGGACUUCACCUCGUGAAGCUUGCAGUAAUGCUCACAGUAAUCACGGGUUCGGAUCAAGCUUUGGACACUGAUAAUGAGAUGAAGUCGUCCCAAGAAGAUAGACACACGACUCGAGUACGCGGACAAUGCCAUUUGCUUUUAGUUGGGGAUCCAGGCACUGGCAAGUCGCAGCUUCUUCGAGCAGGGACUGAGCUGAGUGCUCGUUCCGUGUUUACUUCUGGGGCUGGCAGCACCCGGGCAGGACUUACUUGCGCUGCUUUGAGAGAAGACGGCGAAUGGCAGCUUGAAGCAGGCGCUCUAGUCCUGUCAGAUGGCGGUGUGUGUUGCAUCGACGAGAUCGGCCAGCUGAGAGAGCAUGACCGCACUGCUAUACAUGAAGCUAUGGAGCAGCAAACCAUCUCUAUCGCCAAGGCUGGAAUAGUGUGUAAAUUGAACACACGGUGCGCAGUAAUCGCGGCGUGUAAUCCCAAAGGCCGGUAUGAGACUGACCAGCCCCUCUGCGUUAACGUGUCGCUGGGAACUCCACUGUUGAGUAGAUUCGAUCUAAUAUUUGUUUUGCUGGAUUCCAAGAACAAAUCAUGGGACAAACUUGUGUCUACAUACAUUCUGUUUGGAGAUUCCAAUGCAGCUGAAUCUAAAAAACAAUGGAGCAUUGAUAAAUUGCAGAUGUACAUUGGUCUGGUAGGACCGAGGCAUACGGAGAUGACGAAGACAGCAAACAUCAUACUACAGUCUUACUACAUGAUGCAGAGAAAAUCCGAGUACAGGGAUCCUUCGCGCACUACAGUUAGAAUGCUCGACAGUCUUGUAAGGUUAUCUCAAGCCCACUGUCGUCUUAUGUAUCGCACUAUAAUAUUACCAAUGGACGCCAUAAUAGCAGUGUCCCUCGUCGAUCUAUCAAUGCAAGACUGCACGCUUAACGACACUGUCGACGCCUUACAUUCGACAUUUCAAAAGUAUCCUGACUUUGAAUACCUGUUAACAGCUAAGAAGCUCCUUGCGAGGCUAAAUUUGUAUGAAAUUUGGCAGCAAGAAUUGUUGUUCUAUGGAAAAUUACUGCAGAUCGACCAUAAAACUUUAGAAAGUAAUAUUGAAAAAGGGGAUCCCUCAUUAUUUGCAAAAUAUGACAAUAUAGUUAAUGAUACUGUUCCAUUGACAGCAUCUUUGGUUACAAGCUCUUAUUUCAAUAUCAAUAAAAAGACAAAUGUUGAAGAAGUAACUACAGAAAUAUAUAAAGAAAACUUAAAAGAUAAUGUUAUAGGAAAAGUAAGUGACAAAUUAGCUGCAACAUUAAAGAAACACGCUACAUUAAAUAAAGUAGAGAGAACAGUUGUUCAAAAGAAACAAACCAAGCGAAAACGUAAAGAAGUUACAGUUGACACAAGUUCUGUUGUGAAGAAAAAACAAAAGAGACUUAAUAAACCUAAAGUUUUAAAUGAAAAUGAUAUUGCAUCUGAAAGUGAAGAUGAAUUUGAUACUUCAAAAAUUUUGCAUGGUGUACCAAGUGUAAACGAUUUUUUUACAGACUUGGGUAUUGAUUUCAAAUUUAACGAAACCCCAAAUCAGGAUGAUAGUACUAGAGAAAGUAAACAUGGUGAUAUUAUCUGUAGGCAUAGUACACAAAAUGAAAAUGUAGUAAGUCACACUAGCAAGGUAACUCAAAAGGAAAAUAUAGUAAGUCCUAGUAGCAAGAUAAAAAGUCCACAUAAAGAUAAGUCCAGUGAAUCUAAAGAAAGUUUGAACUCAUCAAGACUAAAACGGUUAAAACAAUUUCAAUUUGUUGAAAAACAUGAUUUGAGUAAAUAUGAGGAAAAGGUUCAGAAACCACUCACGCAAAAUAAAAUUAAGGUUGAAAAAGAGGCAGAAACUCAUGAGAAUGGGAAAUCUGCUGGUAAAUUGCAAUUAUCAAUUUUUGAGAGCGCAGUUUGUGAAGAAGUUCUUGCAUCACAAAAUAAAGAUGAAAGUAUAGGAAGUUCUAAUUCUUCUGACAAUCUUAGAGCAGUAAGAAACUCGCAAGUGUCAUUGUUUGAGAAUUCAGAUCAUGAAGAAGCAAAUAUAUUGCAGAAUAAAAUCAUAUCAAAAUUAGAAAC